UCUCCAAUGGGGUUUGAGAAAGAGAUGAGGACGCCAGCACUAUGCAAUUGAGCUCUUUCUCAUGAGAAACAUAAACUGUAUGCAACCUAUAGCAAUGUACUAGUUUCCAGUGUCAUCAAGUCCUCUUUAGACGGAGAAGCUCGUUUCAAUUUUUUACAAUACCAAUUUGAUCCACACGUGGAAACACGUUUCGGAAAUGAGCAAUUUUGCCCUACUGUUUUGUUUUGCUUUCUCAACUUUGUCCUCGUGCACAGCGCUGAAGAGGAACGACGAGCCUAUUAUCGGUGUUUUAGCGCAGGAGGUAUACUCGCCUCGACCGCAGAAUGCGUCUUAUAUAGCCGCAUCGUAUGUCAAGUUCCUGGAGUCUGCUGGAGCAAGAGUCGUCCCUGUGAUGAUAAAUAAGACACUGGAAGAGUACAAAACACUGUUCAACUCCAUUAAUGGAAUACUCUACCCUGGUGGAGGUGUUAGCAUCCUCACAUCUGGGUAUGCAAAGGCUGCUAGAAUCUUUUAUGAGCUUGCCAUAGAGGCCAACUCAAGGGGUGACUAUUUCCCUGUAUGGGGCACGUGUCUUGGAUUCGAGGAAUUGACGUACCUGACCAGUGGAAAGAUGCUUCUGUCCCACACCAAUACCAGUGGUGUGGCAUUGCCACUGGUGUUUAGUAACAGAUCAAGAGAGAGUAGGAUGUUCAAGGGCUUCCCAUCAGAGCUCCUGGAUGCACUGGCCUCUGAGCCAAUCACUGAAAACUCCCAUAAAUGGAGUCUCACUUUGGCGAUUUAUAACAGCAAUGCAGACCUUAGGAAGUUCUACAAAGUCCUGACCACAAGCAGUGAUGGGAUAAAUGAGUUUGUGUCAACUAUGGAAGCAUAUGGCUUCCCCAUCUAUGGAACCCAAUGGCACCCUGAAAAGAAUACAUUUGAAUGGACAAAGCCGUACAUUCCACACUCUCCAUUGGCUGUAAAGGUUACUUUCUUCAUGGCCGAUUUCUUUGUCAAUGAAGCUAGAAAAAACUUUCACAAAUUUGAGGAUGAGGAGGUGGAGAAGAGGGCACUGAUAUAUAACUACAAUCCUGUGUACACUGGAAUCAAGUCAGUCUUUGAACAAAUAUAUUACUUUUGAAAUGAGUGUCUUUUUGAUAUUUUAAGUAGAAAUUGUGGACAAAUAUUGAAUUUUAAAAGCCUGUUAGUAAUAACUAUUGAUUUUUUAUAUUAAUAAAGACUUCCUGAAUUGCCAAAGAUGCCCUCUGUGCAUCCUCUGUGACUUCUAGGAAGAUGUUAACCCACUUAACCCCAACAUUUCUCCAAGUUCACCAUCAUUGUAAAGCCCUAGUUAUUUUGUUGCUUGAGUCAUUUCUGAAGAUUAUUUAUUUAAUGUUAUUAGUAAUUUAUUUUAAGGUGAAGAAAAUUUUAAAAAACUCCCACAUUUUCAGGUCAACUCUGUUACUUGAACUGAACUCUUGAUUUUUUUCCCCCCUGAGUCAUUGCAUAUCUCAUUGUCAAGUCAGUGUAAAAGCAGGUGAGCUGGUUCUACUCUUUUAACCCAUGUUCUGGUGUUUGGUGGUGAAAAACUGAGCAGGUCGAGCACAACACUUCAACCCUGUUACCCAUAGAUGGUCAGGCUGGAAAGGUUCUAACAAUGUUUUUUUUGUGAAGUUUGAAUUCAAUUGCCCCUCCCUGUUGUACACAACAAGCUUCCAUUCCCCCCGGUCACAAAGAAAUGUAUGGCUGAUUUAAGAUAAGGUAGUCAACCCUGUUACUUUAUUUGGCACUAUAGUUUUUUAUUUAACCUGUUGAGAUGGGGAAAUUUGUUUCAUUAAGUUGAACAUGUGCUCUUUAUGACAAUGUUAAAAUAAGUGAAAUAAAAUAAAUCAAACUACUCAAAAGGAACCUAAUUGGUGGAACGACCCAAAUUAUUGUUCUUAAUGGUACUGAUAUAAACCUUACAAUCCUGUUCACUGGAAUCAAGUCUGCCUUUGAACAAUAUUACUUUUUUGUGAGUAUGUAAUUUAACAUGUUUAUUUCAAUAAUUGUAAUGGUAUUUAUGCUGCAACACUUAGAUGUACAUUUCUGUAAAUUAAAAGCUUAAUGUUUGAUUUGUAUAUUUUUGAUAAAGGUUUUACAAAGAAAGUAGGCUAACUGAGAACAAUAAAGUUGUUCGUAUGACUA